AUGACGGGGCCCCCUAGAUCGACGGGGCCCCUGGCGGCCGCCCAGUCCGCCCACCUUCUUCUGCUGUUACGUCGAAUUGGUGAUCGCCAGUGGAAAAUUACGCCGUACAUUUACUCUCAGAUUGUCGAAGAAGAAUCGGAAUUUUGGGAAUCAUACGAAAACCGAUUUUUUGCCACAAAAGAAUUACACCAACAGAAAAGUGAAUCCUUCACAGCUCCGUCUCCAACAUUGAAGCGUGUCGUCACGACUACCUCCACACCAACAACUCCGAGUCCAUGGAUCGACACCUGUUUCAAGAUCUUUGAUAGUAAUGGUACUACCGAGAACGGCAUACACGAGAAAAACAUACUGGAGGAUGUGCAGCAUUCCGUACCGCAGCCGACUGACGAUGGGCGUAACAUCUUCUUUCACGAAACAUCCUGCUUGAAGAAGGACGGUAUUGUGCGGCUGAAUGCCCGACAAGCCUGUGCAAUCGAGUCGGCUGCCCGGGCCAACCCGGAGUGGAACGUGUACGUACUGUUUGCGGCUCCAGUUGGCUUCCGGAACCGCACAACACAGCCAAUCCUUGACGCACUGCUGGAGUAUCCUAAUGUGCAUCUGCGCUACGUCAAUUUGACCACAUACGCAAACGACACACCGCUGAAAGAAUGGAUGGCAAGGGGGGAAAUAUUACGCUCACAGUACAUGAACUCGCAUCUGUCCGAUGUGAUGCGCUACCUGACCCUCUACAAGUAUGGUGGGACGUACCUUGAUCUGGAUGUGAUCGUGCAACAGUCUUUUGAGAAGCUGGAACCGAACUAUGCCGGUGCCGAGUCGCCUCAGUACAUUGCUGCUGGUGUGAUAAACUUCGAAUCGAAAGGCCACGGUCAUGAGCUGGCGGAAAUGUGUGUUCGAGACCUACUGGCCAACUAUAACGGUUAUCAAUGGGCUCAAAAUGGUCCAGGGGUAAUAACGCGCGUAUUGGUAAAGCACUGCCAAACGCAUUCCAUCACCAACAUGACCCGGCAUUGUUCCCAGCACUUUACCGUUUAUCCACCCAGCGCAUUUUACGCGAUAGCGUAUGGAAAUUAUAAGAACUUUUUUGAAGAACCGUACCUAAAGUCAGUCCUCGAUGCGCUCAAUCAAUCGAUCGUGGUGCACCUGUGGAACAAGCUGAGUAAAGACAAUCCGGUGUGGGUUGGGUCACGGGUCGCUUACGGUGUGCUAGCCGAACGGCACUGCCCCAAAGUGUACGGAUCUUGUGGGCACGUUUUCUUUUUUCUUCUGCUAUUUCGUCGGAUUUGGGAUAAUAGUUCGACCUACACGCCGCACAUGUACUCUGAGAUUGUCAACGAAGUAUCGGAAUUUCGGCAGGGCAGUGGAUACUUCUCCUAUUCUUGCAUAAAAUUAAAGCCUAUCAUUGGGAUCACCAGACCCUCACCAACUCCAACGAGUUCACCAAUACGCAGCUCCACAUACGACGCUCAUCACUCGACUGCGAAAGACUUGUACCAACAGGCAAGUGAAUCAUUCAAAACGCCUUCUCCAACAUCAACAACUCCGAGUCCAUGGAUCGACACCUGUUUCAAGAUCUUCGACCUUAACGCCACUACCGAGAACGGCAUACACGAGAAAAACAUACUGGAGGAUGUGCAGCAGUCCAUGCCGCAACCGACCGACGAUGGCCGUAACAUCUUCUUUCACGAAACAUCCUGCUGGAAGGACGGUAUCGUGCGCCUGAACGCCCGACAAGCCUGUGCAAUCGAGUCGGCUGCCCGGGCCAAUCCGGGGUGGAACGUGUACGUACUGUUUGCAGCCCCGGUUGGCUUCCGGAACCGCACAACACAGCCAGUUCUUGACGCACUGCUGGAGUAUCGUAAUGUGCAUCUGCGCUACGUCAACUUGACCACAUACGCAAACGACACACCGCUGAAAGAAUGGAUGGCGAGGGGCGAUAUACUACAGUCACAGUACAUGAACUCGCAUCUGUCCGAUGUGAUGCGCUACCUGACCCUCUACAAGUAUGGUGGGACGUACCUUGAUCUGGAUGUGAUCGUGCAACAGUCGUUUGAGAAGCUGGAACCGAACUAUGCCGGUGCCGAAUCGUUUGAUCUGAUUAAUUCCGCUGUAAUGAACUUAGAAUCAAAAGGCCACGGUCACGAACUAGCGGAAACGUGUGUUCGUGACCUGCUGACCAACUUCAACGGCAAUGAUUGGGUUAAUAAUGGACCAGGGGUGAUAACGCGCGUAUUGCAAGAGCACUGUCGCACCCAGUCGAUCGCUGAAAUGACUCGGCAUUGUUCCCGACACUUUACCGUCUAUCCAUCGAGCGUAUUUUACGCGAUUGAGUAUUGGAAUUAUGAGCUGUUAUUCGAAGAACAGUGCCUGGAGGAGGCCCUCGUUGCGUUCAACCGAUCGAUCGUGGUGCACCUUUGGAACAAGCUGAGUAAAGACAGUCCGGUGCGGGUUGGGUCACGGGUCGCAUACGAUCCGGGCUUUCUGACGUCCUACGACACCUCGAAUGACUUGCACGCGCACAGCAGCGUGUACUUCAUCGAAUCGUCCGCACCGUUCAAGCGCAUCAUCACGAUCGGACCGCGGCAGGCGUGCGCGAUCGAGUCGGCAGCACGUGCCAAUCCGCUCAAGAAGAUAAUCGUCCUGUUUGCCUCCUGGAACCCAAUAACGAACCCCAGCCAGGUACGGUUUCCCGAUCUGCCAACGUUGGCGGGGUUUGGAAACGUUCACUUCCGCUGGCUAGAUUUGAACCGGUUCGCGCAAGGUACACCGGUGGAGGCGGUGAUCCGAUCAGACCUGCUGCACGAACGACCGAAUGGUGCCGAGUAUCUGUCGGAGAUAUUGCGCCUGGUGCUGCUGUACAAGUACGGUGGCAUCUAUCUCGACCUCGACGUGGUGACGCUGAAAACGCUCGACUUUGUCAAUGCAAACUUUUUCGGCGCCGAAACGGAACGGCUUGUCGGUACGUCCGUAAUCGGACUAAGGCGGGGCGGGUUUGGGGAACUGUUUGCCGAGCGUUGUCUCGACAACUUUAAAUACUUCGACGAACAAAAAAACAUCCGCAACGGGUCCUUUCUACUCACCUACCAGGUCGUUCAGACGUGCGAAACACUCACCCUACAGGAGAUCCUUGACAACGGCUGCCGCGGUAUGCUGCAGGUGCACCGGCGGAGUAUCUUUCAUCCCUUCGACGAAACCAACGUGGGCAUGAUGUUCGAUCCUAGCCGGCUGGAGGAAGCGAAGGACCGCCUUGCCCAUGCGAUGACCGUUCACAUGCUCCAUCGUACUAGCGGGAAAAUGCGAGUCGCUGGCGGCACAACGGGCUAUCAGUUGAUUGCCCAAAACUACUGCCCGAGGGUGUAUGAAGAAAAUAGUUAUGAUUUUUAA